AUGCCCCGAGGGACUGCAGGAGUUGCCUUUUCAGGAGGGCGGGUGGCAGAGAGCGAGGCGUUCGCUGCGCCGGGCGGCAUGCGCGCCAUCCAAGGGCUCUGGGUCACCGUUUCCCCGGUCGCGUCUCCAAAUAUCUGGGAGAUCAAGAGCGAAAUCGAGAAGGAAGUCGCCCCCUGCUGUGAUUACGUGUACGACAGCCCCCUGCGAGAACUGCACCUGUGCUUUCAGUCGGAGGCCUUGGCAAAUGCAGCUAUCCUCCUCGGUGGAGGCGCGAUUUCCUUCACUCCCCAGUUCUCCAUUCGCUUCUGCUCAAAUCCUGACAUUCUUGGCAGGAAAGUGAUCACGGACUUCUCCGACGAUUGGCCGAUGCGCUGGGAGCAAAGAUCGCUUCUGUUCAAGAUGCCGAAUAUUUUCUUCGAGUUUUUUGAAGGGUUUUGCGAAGGCGCACGCAGGCUGCUCUUUGGCGUGCAGUGCAAACGGGUUCGGAGUUCAGGCGCUCGAAGCGAAGAUCGGAGAGAAGCACGAAAGUAG